CAGGACUUGUGGACCAGAUAUGUUAAGUCUACGGAAUAUCACGACCAGUACUUCGGCAAUGAUAUGUUUGGCAAAGAAGGCUAUCGACAAAUCAAAUGUCCCGUUAUUAUCAUAUUUGGCGAAAAGGAUCAAAUCACAGAUACUGAACAGUGUUUGCACCUAAACCGACACAUCCGGGGCUCAAAACUAAUGCGUUUUCCAACCGCUGGACACGACUUUCACCAAAGAUUUACCUUAAAAUUCAAGAUUAUAUGCGAAGAACUCUUCUCUAAAGUGUAA